ACACGUCCCAUCCUUACGUUACGCAACUUUCGUGAUAGUGAUUAUACAAAUAUCUAUCUUUCAAUCUUGUGCCCACCCACCACGUGAAUCGCAACUGUUGUUAUACCAUCAUUAAGUAAUAACCACAGUCACAGACGAUAGGAAACAUGAAUUUAUCAAGAGACGUAACAACUGUUGCUUUAGUGGAGAAGGAAGAUCGACCCUUGGGUGUUCAGUUGGUCCACAAUGACAGAACUAAUGUUGCUGCUGAUCCUACUGACUUGGUUGAGUUAGCCAAGGUUGUACAGAAGGCCGAUGAAUUCACACGGGCGAACGCAGGAAACAAACUCUUGACGAUUGCUGAGCAGAUCCGCUACCUCCAGCAGCAAGCUCGGAAAGUCUUAGAAGAUGCUAAACGAGACAACAUGUUGCACCAUGCAGCGUGUAACAUCAAGAAACGACCAGGGCAAACGUACUACCUCUACAAAAGACAAUCUGGGCAGAACUACUUCUCAAUCCUAUCUCCUCAGGAUUGGGGUAAGAGUCGUCCUCAUGAGUAUCUAGGAUGCUAUCGUCUUGAGUAUGACAUGUCAUGGACUCCUGAGAAAGAUAUGGAGAGACGAGGACAAGAAAUUGCAAUUAUUGAUAAAGUCUUAACGUCUCAGGCUUGCUUGACGCAAAACCCUGAUCCAAACUUCAAUGGACUGCUGUUUAUCGAAGGAAACAAUGAAACCAAAUGAAAAUGUGGACGAUAGUAUUUUUGUGGCUGGUUUUUGUCCAGCUUGGGUAUUUAAUGUAAUGUCAAAUUAUUUUAUGGAAAAAUUGUUAAGGCCAAGUCACACUGAAGCAAUAACGAAAACGAUACGUAAAGAGAACCUCUUCUAUUGGUUGAAUGAGUGUGUGCGCAUUCUGCGCAGAGCAAUUCAACCAAUAGAAUGCGUUCUCUUUGCGUCAUGAUCGUUAGCGUUUUCAUUAUCGCUGUAGACUUGAUACUUCAUUCAUGUCGGGGUAUAGGCAGUUCUUCCUUAGUAAAAGUGCACCUGUAUGAGGCAAACUUAAAUUUCUGCUGGAACAUUUGAAGGGGCACCAAGGCGAUGGCCAGUGGCAUGGAUGCAAUUGUUUCCAUUGCCACCAUAAAGUAAGUAUCAGGCCUGUAAAUUGACUUAAGGUCCUGUUUGUUUUAUAAAUGACUCAGAGGUGAAACAUUAUUUUAAAAUUAAUUUGACGUGUUGGGAACAAAAAUGGUUAAAAAAAUUGUUUUUGGCAUCCAACUCCGAUGUGGUCGUCAAAGUUUUUUUUUACGUUAAAAUGAUAUUUGCCAUGGUACGAUGUUUGGCUGAUCAGACCUAUAACACGCUAUAAGAACUGCUUACCAAAAUUACUUUUUUUUCAAUUUGAUUAUUAAGUGCAUUCUUUUUUUUAACACUGUGUCAUUUGAGAAGUAAUUCAUAUUUUCUUUCUUUGACUCAGAAUAAUUUUACAGCUAUGACCACUAAUUUUAACCCACUCUGAUUUAAGGACCCAAAUAGUGUCACUGUAUCGUCAUGCAGCCUGUAAACACAAAAUUUAACUAAAAUCGGAAAGCGAUGCAUUUUCAUGUGGUUGCAGAAUAGAUCUGAAGAAUCUGUAUUACAUGUAAAUGAUGAGAAUGAUAAUGAGAGUAUUUUAUAAUGAGAUGGAAGGAUUUGAUUUUUAAACAAAUCGGGGCAUUUUAGACAGUUUUUUUUUCUCUGAAUGCUUACUAUCUUUACCAUGCUAAUAAUAAGUAGGUAUACAGAGGGAAAUAACACUGCUACUUUUAACUAAUGGGUUGAUAAAUUACUUAAAUCAUCAUCUGUAAUUUCGUUAAAAUGUAUUUCAUUCAAUAAAUGUUAAUGCAUAGGGAUAGAAUAUUCAUUUUGAAUUUUACCCAUAAAACCCACGCGGGUAGUGUGACCCUGCCUUAAAAUCGCAAAAGUCAUGGGUUCGAAUCCCACCCGAGUAAGCCUGUGAUUUUUUUCACAGAACUCGGCAAAGUACCGAGUAGACAGUGCUUAUAUGGGUCAAACCACAAUGAUUACUUCAUUCAGUUUUAAAUCUGUAAAAAAAACAAAAAAACUUUUGAAUUCUGUGAAUUGUAAAUAAACUUUGUUGAUUAUU